GAAAACCCGCCUCAGCCUGCCAGCGCCCUCCCUCUCUGGGUUGGCUAUCUGAUUCGUGGAUUCGUCGAGCCGCUGCCCCGUCUGUUGCAGCUCUGUUGCCGCUGGGUGGCUGGGUGGCCAGGCGGCAAGAAGUGGGCCCUGGCGGUCACCGAACUCAAAGUGGCGGAGCUGGAUUCCUAAGGAUGGAAACCCUGCACUCUCUGCCUGCCGUGCUGCUCCUGCUGCUGUGCUCAGGAACAGCCGCCUUCCGGAUAUGUGCCUUCAACACUCAGCGCUUUGCUCAAGGGAAGGUGAACAAACCUAGAGUUGUGGACACACUUGUCAAGAUCCUGGCUCGUUGUGAUAUCUCAGUCCUACAAGAAGUGAUGGAUGCAAAAGGAAAGGCAGUGCCUGCUUUGAUGAAUGCCUUGCACCGGUUUGAUGAUCUUCACAGCUACAACUACCUCACCAGCCCUUUGCUGGGUCGUGGAAAUUAUCAAGAACGAUAUGUAUUCAUAUACAGGAACCAGAAGACUCGGAUGCUGGACUACUAUACAUACGAAGACCUGCAUCCAGACCGACCUGAUGUCUUUGCUCGUGAACCCUUUAUCGCCCGCUUCAGCAUAGCAAACAAAGACCUUCCAGAGCUGGUACUGAUCCCACAGCACACAAUGCCAUUGAAGGCUGAAGCUGAAAUCGAUGCUCUCUAUGAUGUUUUUCUGAACGUCCAGGAACGCUGGGGCACAGAGGACAUGAUUUUCUUGGGUGAUUUCAAUGCAGACUGUGGAUAUGUGGCCAAGAAACGUUGGAAGGAAAUCCGCCUGCGCCAGAAACCUGGCUUUCAUUGGCUCAUUGGAGACCAAGCUGACACCACCGUUCGAGAGAAGACCCGUUGCGCCUAUGACAGGAUUGUGAUUCAUGGUGAACGCUGCCUGGGCACUGUCGUGCCUGGAUCAGCUCGGCCUUUUGAUUUCCCCAAGGAAUUUGGACUUUCUGAGGAAGAGGCCUUAGAGAUCAGUGAUCAUUAUCCUGUAGAGGUGGAGCUUGUCUCAUCCUGCAAGAAGCUCCAGCCAGCUGGUCUAGCUGGUCUUGUGUUGCUGACCAUGGCUGUGGUGUCAGGCUCAAGAGACAGCAUCUGAAGGAAGAAGAUGGCUGCUGUGCUUGUCCUAUAGCAAUAGAGAUGGAGGCUUACCAAAAGGGUGCUGUUACUGUCACAAUCAGCACUUAAAUUGGUUAUGUUGUCUCUGGAUGCAGCUUCUCCCUGUGGUGAACCCCUGAUGUUCAGGCAGUAGGUUCUCCCCAAAGUACCUUCGCGUUUUGGAUUGAUCCUUCUCAUCAGGAUUGGCAGAAGGACCCUUGAGGCAGUAAAAAUAUAUAAGGUUUUCUCGUCCAUUUGAGCCUUGCUUGGGCAAAGACUCUUUGAGUUUGAAUAUCUACUCAUAGCCUUGGAUACCCUUACAUUCUGACUUCUUGAUUCUGCUUCCUGAUUGUACUUUGGCUCAACUAGCUCAGAGAUCUUGAAUACUGGAUAGCUUCUGUCUCACCCUUAUCUUCUGUCAGAAGCUCAACCUGACAUCAGGUUACAAAGAGGACUUCCUCAGGCUAGACUCAUGAUCUAAGUUCAAAAAGGUGACAGCAGGACCUUCCUCAAUGAGAUUUACAUACUGAAGCUUGUGUGCUAUUACUGGCUGCUCCUUUGUCCUGUAGCCUAUGGUCUCUAAGUUCUGUUAUGGAGAAAAUGGACUAAAUGGCCAUUGACACGUGGAUUUUUAAAAAUCUUUCCACUGAAGUUCAUGGGAGGAAAAUCUUUUACACCAGAUCUGAGGCUGCUGUGAAAGUGUAUUUUCGAUGGGAUCAUGGUUUGGAGAAAUAUAAGAUGCAGUGAAAAUCAACUCCUCUAUUGGGCUGGUGCCUCCACCCACACUUCUGGAUAUCCUGAAGAUCUGGAGAAACAAUUGUGCUGGCAAAGGGUUUCACUGUGAUGUUUUGCAAGUGGACAACAUGGCGGUGACAUAUCUUGCAUUCUACCAACAUAGUAAGGUUUGUGUUGUAACGUCUAUCCCUCAAAUGGACAAUUUCAGAUAUAAGACUGAGUCCUGGUGAUGUCUAUGAUGGUGCCUUUAUCAGGACCAACCAAAAUGACACAAAGGCAUGUGCAAUAUUUGGAACUGUCCAGAACUCUUCAUCAUGUGAAGGGGGGGCAGGAAGAGGAGACAUCAGAGUAGUAGUUUAAAAAUUAAGCUGAAUACCAUAGCCAUGAGAUUUGCAGUUCAGAUUCAUUCUGGGAGAUUGUGCCAAGCAUCCUGGAACAGUGAAAUAACCUUGAACAAAAGCAUGUGGAGAAAAAAAAGAAGAAAAGCAGGAACUAGUCAUUCUUUAACCAAGCAACUAAUGGAAAGUCAUUUCGUUUCUUUCCCCCCCCCCCUUUUUGCUGGGGAACCUCAUUUGGCCUGAAGAAUCCAGUGAAAACAGAUAAAAAAAAACACCAUGACAAUAAUUAGUAUUCAGAUUACACUCUAGAGAAUGCAAAGCACUUUACAUGUAAUAUCUUAGUAUUCCUCGAAACAAUUAUUUAUGAAGAUUUUAUGCAGCUAUUUUGCAGAUGGGAGUUGGAGCUGAGAGAACUCAUCUUGUCUAGCAUCACUUAUCUCUUCAAUAGAGAACUAGGAAAUACUACAUCUUUCUCCUGCUAGUACAAUCAUUUUAACAGUGAUUAUUUUACAAACCCCAAAGGCAUAGCAUUUAUGUGCUCCAGUAUAUAUGUGCUGUUCAGAUAUAAGGAGUAAACAUGGGCCUUCUACCACAGCUGAACUUCUAGGCAGUGAAUUCCGCCUCUGCCUUGCCCCAAAAAGAAUUUGCACGUGUUUUCUGUUGCAAUGGAUGGCUUCUGUUCAGUGGAUAUUGAGUUGGACUCCUACCUCUUCCGAAAUUUGCAAACAAAAAUCUGUCAACUGCUAGGGGAAAUUAGGAUCUCUCCCCAUCUAACCAUUUACCUAAACAAGUGAUCUAUGCAGGUGAAAACAUUUGACUGACUUGCAAUCCAAUAACCGUGUUACUAUAGAAUGCAGGUGGAGUUCUUGUGGUCAUGUACUUCCCAGGACAAAAUGCCUUCAUGGGGUAAACAACUAACAUUUAAGAUAAAAGAGUAUUGGGAUUGUCUUCCUUAUUUUUUUAAAGGAAACAUAGGGUCCUUGGACUUUAUUCUGAAGCUGUGGUAUUUACAGUUUCAGAAAAAUUGUACCUAUUGCUUUAUUUGUAAAACUGAGUAUUCCUGUAUCAAAAGCUCCUCUGAUAGAUACUUUCCAAUUUAAAACAAAAGUAUAUUUCCUUCUGCUACAGAAGGCUUCUUUGGGAGGAAAUACCAAGUUUAACCUAUAUUUAGGUUUCUAUCAUUCAGCUCAGUGCCAUUUCUUCCUUCCUCAAUGGAAAGGGUGAAUUAACUGCAUCUUCAAUAAGUGUAUUCUUGAAUGAUGCUCUGGAGACUGUAUUAAAAAAAUAAUAACUGCUCAUAUGUAACCUCCCUUCUUUAGUAGCCAAACAGAGCAGUUUAGCUACUAAAAAAAGAACGGGCGGUGAAUAAUAAGGAACAUAAACAUCAGAACAAAACUAUGGGAAUAGGAUACUGGAUUUUCCCCUCUUGACUCAGGGAACGUUUCAUAAAAGAAUAAUGUAUAUGUUUGGUAUAUAUGUGUGAUUCCGACCUAUCCCCUUGAGCUGCGCGGACUCAUUUCCUACAGCAUAAAUAUUAUAUAUUGUACAGCACAAUGUAAGCAAUAGCUGUAUCUGAAAAUCAGCACCAAAAAUUGCAUUGACAUUUACAAGCUGAACUUGAGUUCCCUGUCCAGCUAAAAAGAAAUCUAGGUCUAUAUAACAGGAAUGAACAUGUGAACAGAAUUUUCCGUAUAAAUAAUGCUCUAUAAGCUUCCUUAAUCUUUCAUUUAUUGUUUUAAUAUGCAUCUGCAGGACAGAGCCUAUCUGGACUUAAAAAGAAAAAGAAAACACUGGAAGAUAUUAGAUCAUUAUGUGAACAAAAAUCCUUUUUGGCAAUCGUAAUGUUCUUCUAGUGAUUCAUAUAUUUCAGUGCUUUCUGCACUUUUACUGUUUCCUAAAGUUAAGUGCAUGAUUAAGCUAGCUUUUAAUUUUUAAUUUUAACCAAAAAGUGUUGCCAGUUAAUGGACACUGGAGUGGAUGGACAGUUUUGUGGAUUUUAUAUUAUGUACUGAUUUUAUGGUUCUGCUGGUUAUUUUGUAAACUGGUGUCUUUGGGGAGCCUGGCAAUAUAUAAAUAUAUGUAAAUAUCUAAGGAAUGCACACUGGUUUUAAUCAGGAACUCUUUAAUUCACUUUAAAAUUAUGCACUGUUGUUUGAACUGGUCUCAGCAGAAUCCCUGGUAUGCACUGAAGAUACUUGCAAAAUGUCUUGCUUUGCACUAUUUCCCAAUCACUGUCACACAUUAUUUAUAGGUUAGCUCUAUUCCCAUGGCUAAACCUUGUUUUCUGACUUUGCUCUUCCCCAUUAUUUGCCAUCUUUUUUAAACAACACCAUUAGUAGAAAAUAUAAUGAAAGAUCAUCAUGUUUCCAACACAGUUCUUCAAGAAGGAUCUUGCUUGAUGUGAUAAAAUUUAUUAUAAGCAUGCACAUACAUACAAGAGAGACAAUUUAGUGUAGUGGUUAAGGAACCAGGCUAGAAAUGGGAAGACCGUGAGUUCUAAUCCUGCCUUAAGCACAAAGCCAGCUGGGUGACCUUGGGCCAGUCACUUUCUCUCAGCCUAGGAAGGAGGCAAGGGCAAACCACUUCUGAAAAACCUUGCCAAGGAAACUGCAGGGACUUGUCCAGGCAGUUGCCAGGAGCCAACACUGACUUGAAGGCGCGCGCACACACACACAAAGUACAUACAGCCACACACAUACUGUACAUGUGCUUAUAAUACAGAUGGGUGUAUACCCACAUACAUGCAUAACUACAAUUGUACCAUGAAACUGAAUGAACAAUCUUCAUGAAAAACCAAAAUGGAUCAAUAGAAGUAUAGAUUUGAAUAGGCAAA